UUUCAUUCGCGCUAAGCUAAAGUUGCACCCGUUCUUCUAAAUUCUUUUAUGGGGUUAAGACACUUGGCCACAUAGACUCAACACGACUUGUGACUCGUCGCGCGAAUUAAAAACCGAAAUAAUAAUAAUAAUAAAACCAAAAAAAAGUAACAAAAAAACACGUUUUAUGUCUUAGAAUGGACUUUCAAGUGUGUUUCAAGUGAACUUUUCGCCGUCAUCAUCUAAUCUAGGAAAAAUUAAAACACGUUUUAUUUGCUCUAGACACUCUUUUUUAUUUUGUAAAAGAAUAGAAUAUACACUGCAUUAUUUAUCAGCCAACCCAACCCAUCAGAGAUGCCAAUUGUGAACAACUGAAGCGAUAAAUUAUGCAUUCAAAAACUAUCAUGUUCAUGUAGGGGGGAGUGCAAAAACAACAUAAAUAAAUAAACAAUCCAGAAGAGAAGCCAAAUGCUGACGCAAAAUCUAAUGCCAAUUGAAUUGAACUGAACUGAACUGUAUUGAACUGCAACGCGUAAUGGAUGUGCCGCUGAUGGAUACCUCUGCGAAGGGCAGCAACCCGAGUGCAGCAAUUAUAGUGCCAGCUGGAGGCGCAACUGUUCCCCAGAAUCAGGCAGUGCUCUACAAGAGCUCAAAUAAUAGCACAACAAUUUCAUCGACAUCGGAACCAGUUCCACUUUUAAAUCAACUUCAAGCUCUGCCAUUGCAAAAGAUGUCCAACGACCUGAAGCAGUGCAACACUCAGAAUAUCAACCACGGAUCCCAGAGUAAUCUGUGCAAUGGCGGAGUUAGCGUUUCCAAUAAUCACAAUAAUGCCCAAGUGCUGGCUCCAAAGAUACCAAACAGUAAUAGCAAUAGCAGUCCGAAUGGCCAAAAGAAGGGCACCAUUUCACUUUCACAUCUCCCACAAAGGCCGCCGGUGGAUAUUGAGUUCUGUAAUAUAUCAUAUUCAGUGGCCGAUGGCCAUACCCGUGGUUUUAAGACAAUACUAAAGAGUGUUUCGGGCAAGUUUCGUAAUGGCGAAAUCACAGCCAUUAUGGGUCCAUCAGGAGCGGGAAAGAGUACUCUGAUGAACAUUUUGGCGGGCUACAAAACAUCCCAACUAAGUGGAUCGGUGCUGAUCAAUAGCAAAGAACGAAAUCUCCGCAGAUUCCGUAAACUUUCGUGCUACAUCAUGCAGGAUGAUGUGCUAAUUUCCAAUCUGACAGUACAUGAGGCCAUGAUGGUGGCAGCUAAUCUUAAGUUGGGCAAAAAUAUGAUCACCUAUGCCAAGCGAGUGGUGGUCGAGGAGAUUUUGGAAACAAUUGGCCUGAAGGAGUCGGUCAAUACGCUGACCUGUAAUCUGUCGGGAGGACAACGGAAACGUCUGUCGAUUGCCCUCGAAUUGGUCAACAAUCCACCGGUGAUGUUCUUUGACGAGCCGACCUCGGGUUUGGACAGUUCGACGUGUUUUCAAUUGAUUUCACUGCUGAGAUCCCUGGCCCGUGGAGGUCGCACUAUUGUCUGCACAAUUCAUCAGCCAUCGGCGCGUCUAUUCGAGAAGUUCGAUCAUCUGUAUUUGCUGGCCCAGGGCCAGUGUGUGUACGAGGGACGAGUUAGGGGCCUAGUGCCCUAUCUGUCCUCCCUGGGCUACGAGUGUCCAUCGUACCACAAUCCCGCUGAUUAUGUGCUAGAAGUCGCUUCUGGCGAGUACGGCGAGGCGGUGCCCAAACUAGUUGACGCCGUCAAGAGUGGGGCCUGCAAGAAGUAUGCCCACAAGGACUAUGGACAUAGCAAUCAUCAUAACAAUCACAAGGCCAGCACGACGAUCAACGACAUUGCGAAGGGCCAUGGUAAUGGUAAUUGCAGUGCCGCUGCUACGAUCAGCUUGGAGGAUGAGAAGACGCCAGCUAAAUAUGCUCAACACGACGACUUGGUCGAUGAAGAACUAACGGCCUUAAAACCACCGAAAACCUUGGAGGCACAACAAUCUCAGAACUCGGACUGCAGUGUGAAUAUCAAUAUGCCAAUCGCCAAUGACGAUAGCUGCAGUUUCAGCUCAUCCAAGGGAGCCGGCGGUUCAGCACCGUGCGGCGUGGGCGGCGUAGUUGGGACUAACGCAGUGGCCGGCUGCAUGACAUCGCUCCUCGACUCGCAUGAGAGUGUCAUUACCCUGCCAAACAAGACAGGUUUCCCCACCAGCGGCUGGACCCAAUUCUGGAUACUGUUGAAGCGUUCGUUUCGCACCAUAAUGCGGGAUCGCAUGCUCACCCAUAUGCGUUUGGCUUCGCAUAUAAUUGUUGGUGCUAUAAUUGGCAUGAUCUACUAUGAUGUGGGCAAUGAGGCUAGCAAAAUUAUGAGCAAUGCCGGCUGCAUCUUCUUUGUGUCACUCUUCACAACAUUUACCGCCAUGAUGCCAACCAUUCUGACAUUUCCAACCGAGAUGUCGGUGUUUGUGCGAGAGCAUCUCAAUUAUUGGUAUUCGUUGAAGGCUUUCUACUUUGCCAAAACCAUAGCGGAUAUGCCAUUUCAGAUUGUCUUCUCAAGCGUUUAUGUGCUAGUUGUCUAUUACUUAACCUCCCAGCCCAUGGAAUUGGAAAGAAUAUCGAUGUUUGUGCUCAUCUGUGUGCUUAAUUCGCUGGUGGCCCAAUCUCUGGGUCUACUUAUAGGUGCCGGCAUGAAUAUCGAAACGGGGGUAUUUCUGGGUCCAGUGACAACGAUUCCAACCAUAUUAUUUUCCGGUUUCUUUGUCAAUUUCGAUACCAUACCGGGCUAUUUGCAAUGGGUCACCUAUGUGAGUUAUGUGCGUUACGGUUUCGAGGGCGCCAUGGUAGCCAUCUAUGGCAUGGAUCGGGCCAAAAUGGAAUGCAAUCAAAUGUAUUGCCAUUAUCGUGUACCCAAAAAGUUUCUAGAGGAAAUGUCUAUGGAUAAUGCUCUAUUCUGGGUCGAUGCUGUGGCCCUGAUAGGCAUUUUCUUCGCUUUACGGAUAAUUGCGUACUUUGUGUUGCGUUGGAAAUUGCAUAUGAUACGUUAAGUUAGCAACGGUUCAUAGAAUUAAGUUUUUUGUACAUACAUACAAACAUAUGUGGAGAAGUAAUAGGAGUAGGCGUAGCAGGAGAAUAAUGUUCAUGUUCAUAGUUUUACGAUAUACAUACAUACAUAUUUUUUAUUUGGUUUUUUCUUUUCCAACUGGUAUUAUAUACGUCGACGUAUAGAGAAGUUCUAAUUAGUAGCUGUUCCACACAUACCAAAUGAAACAACAACAACAAAACAAAACAAACAAAAGAAGGAAAACACAAACUUUGAAUUACACAAAUGGAAUUUAUAUAUACAUAGAUAUUAACUAAUAUGCAUAUGUAGGGUUUAAAUCGCGACUAAAUGUUCUCCCAUUCACUCACACACACACCAACACACACACACACAUACAACAGCAUAAAUACACAUAAUUAAAACUUGUGACCAAGCAGAAAAGAGUCUGAACUUAAAUAGGUUGAAAAAUUAUAGAAAAUUUAUAGGACAAGUCCUGAUAGCAACACACACUUACAACCACACAACACACACUUACAUACACACUCACCAAAAUUGUUUUCUCCCAAACUUUCCCAGCGUUCUCUUCACUCCGUCCCUAUAUAUGUCUACCAAAACAAACAAAAGAAAGAUUUAACCAACACAAAAAGAAAAUUUCAAACCAAAAUUGUAAACCACCUUUUUUUUUAUCAACUCCAAACUGCUACUUUUAGAAUCUAAGUUGAAUGAAUAUAUAUAAAAGAGAAGGAAUUUUUAGUUUUGCAGCAAUUGAUAGUUAUUGUGAUAAGAGCAGCUUAGUAUAUAUAUAUAUACUUAUAUAUAUUGUAAAUGUUCCAUAUGUAAAUCGGCAAAGUAAGAGACGAAUUGAAUCGAGUGGAGAAUUGAUCGCUUGUGAUAUAAAGCAAUUAUAAUUAUUAUCAUUAUUAUUAUUAUUAUUAUUAUUACUAUUACGAAUCGUGUGCGAAAUGAAUUCAAUCAAAUUUAUGUGUGAUUUUUAUGUUUUAGUUUAGCAAUGAAAUAGUUUUAUGUUCAUUUUAUUUUCUACCUAUGGCCAAAAUAAAUAAUUACAUUUUCA